UAUAGGUACUUCGAAAAGCCAAAGUUUUAGGGAAAGAUGGAGAAGAAAGAAGGAAAUGUGCACACAGCUCUGUUCACAGCAGGUACAGUUCUGCUAAUGGUGGGUUUAAAACGCAUUCAAAUGCUGUUGUUGCUGGUUGAGCAAUGGCGUUCAUGGGUCUUCCUUGUCUUAAACCUUUUGCUUUUAGCCAUUUUCUUCACAUCCAUUAACUCAUCUUCAAGCAAAAAUCGAGAGAGCAAGAUUAACAAUGAUGAAGAAAUGAAGAUUGAGAGGAAGAAGAAAAGGAUGCCAUCUCAGGGGGUUUAUGAAGAUGAGACGUGCUAUGAUGAUUUCAAGCUAACUGAGAAGAUAAGCCAAGGAAAAGGGCAGAAUGAAGCAAAAGCAGAGAACGUUGAAGCAGAUAAUGUUGAAGGCGAGGAGUUGGGGAAGAUGUCGAAGGAGGAGUUGAAUGAAAGAGUGGAAGCUUUCAUUGCCAUGUUUCGGCAACAUUUGGUUUUGGAUUCAAGAAACGGCAGAACAACAAAGCAGGCUGAUGUUCCAAAAUUUCCAAAUAAGACUAGGGUGAUUCUUCCAACCCAACGAGGGAAGUGUUUUGUUUUUCAAAGUUAGGGACAUAAUUUAUGACAUUUUAGGAUCAGAUUUAGGGCUUGAAUUGUUACUUGAUCUAUAUGUUGGCUAGUGAAUGUGCAAUUUGAUUUAUUUAUUUAUUUUUUGUUUCAUGUCUAGCUCGUAUUAUGGAAUUUCAUAGAAUUUUAAAUUUUAAUACAUUUAUUCAAAAAUU